GCAAGACGGAAGAAGAAAAGCAAGAGAAAGGAUCAGCAAGAUCGUGUGAUAUCACAGAGAGACAGAAGAGACAAAAGACACCGGGCAGAGGCAGAGAGAGAGAGAGACGCAAAUAAAGGGAGGGAAGGGGAAAAAAGAUGGUGUAUUACUUUUCCUCCAGUGUCGUGGAGCCGGCGGGCUUCAUUUACGUGGGCAAGGACAAGUUUGAGAAUGAGGAUCUUAUCAAGUAUGGGUGGGAGGAAGAUGUCUGGUUUCACGUCGACAAGCUUUCCAGCGCCCACAUUUACCUGCGCAUGCAGCCGGGCCAGACAUGGGACAAUCUGCCCGAGGAGCUGGUCAUGGACCUGGCACAGCUCACAAAGGCAAACUCAAUAGAAGGGAAUAAAAAGGACAACAUCACCGUCAUUUACACGCCCUGGUCAAACCUCAAAAAGGACGGCAGCAUGGACGUCGGCCAAGUCUCCUUUCAUGACCAACGAAAAGUCAAGCGCGUCCUCGUCCCCCACCGCGAAAACCCCGUCGUCAACCGCCUCAACAAGACAAAAGUCGAAAAGAAGCCCGACCUCAAGGCCGAGAGGGACGACAUGCUCAAGGAGCUGCGCAAGAGGGACCAGGCUGCCCAGCUGAUCAAGAAAAAAGAAGAGCAGCGACAGGCACAGGAGUGGAAGGAAAAGAAAUGGCAAAAGGACCACGCCUACGACGACCUGUUUACCGAUGAGAACAUGGCUUCGUCGAGUAACCAGGAUCGGGCGGCGGACUGGGAAGACGACUUUAUGUAGAUGGAUUGCAUUGCAUUGCUACAGACAGACUACCAUUCUUUGAAGCGAUCAUAGCAAUAAAAAGUAGAAAUAAAAAAAAGAAUACCAUUUCC